GAUCGGCAACAGCCAACACCUUGAUAGCUUCAGGAACUAAAUGGAACAGCCAUCCUCACAUAACAACAUGCAAUAACAGAACCACCACACAACAGAACCUAUUGGAGAAGUCGUCUUUGAUAGAAUUAAUUAUAAAAACAAUGAAUCCUCAAACAGACCCAAGCAGCAAUCCACUCAAAAC